AUGAACCACUGGUGCCUCGACAGAGACAGAAAGCGACGUGGUAAAACGCGAGAGUUCCGUGACAAGACCAAUGGAGACGUCGUAUUGCUGGCGUGUCGAGAUGGGCCAAUGCAGGAAGGAAACACCACACGUAAAAUCCCGUCAGGAAAGAGAGACUCGUCGGAAAAGUGGAUCUACGAGAAAGCGACGUUCAUGCGACGGGCUGUGAAAGGCAGCAGUGGCCAGGCGCACCUCGACCAGGAUGCAACUUCCCUCUCCAGUCUCCACUCUCCGUACCGCGAUACACGGCCAAUUAAACGCGUCUGCGAUAAGCGGGGCAACGACUUGCGACCAGCCAGUCAUGUCUUGCCUGUUCUCAACAUGGGCGACUGUGCCCUUCCGUCUCUCCCUCUUUACAUCCGUACAAGUUUUGGCUUCACCAACUGGCAAGCGAAUAUCCCUAGAGCGCGACCUGAUUCCAAGGGAGAGUCCGAGACAUGCGAAUUUGCCCUACGCGCUCAUAAAACCCACAUAGUCCGUCAGGUUGCCAACUAUGCAUCCGUAUCUGUUCCGUACACUACAGUGAUCCUCAUCCAUACGGCCCACAGACCGGGACCCCUCGCACCCGUCGGCAGUGCGUGUGAGCAUUGGCAUUUACCUUCCGAAAUGACAGCUGCCCUUGCAAUUGCGUCCUCUCACCCAUUCUCAACUUGGGAGUCUUGGGUACCUGAUCUGACUGCCAUCACUUUCAUCUCAACUCACCCCGCGAAGCCUCCCCUCAUUCCAAUAUGCCUCGCCGCAACCAAUCGAGCUUCCAGCCGAUGGGGUAAUCCCACCUACCUCAAACCUCUGCUCUGCCACUCUCCCCAACCUCGUAUUGGGACCUUCGUUCGUCAGUUUGCUGAGCACACAUUCUCUGGCUGCUCGCAGAACCGCGAGAACGGCACGCCAGGUCUCCCAUCAUGGCCACCCAACAUCACGGGUGGCCAGACGGUCUUUGGCCUCUCGCCUCCCGUGUUCCGGCCUUUAACCAUCUUCGCCGCUAAUGGGGAAGAUAUCUCUUCGUCCUCCAUUCUCUGGGCUUUGGGCUGGGCCACGGCCAUCGUCCUAGCACUUCGAUUCGAUUGCAUGAAGAUUAAGCCUCAGAGUCUCAACAUCGCCACGUCAAACACAACACAACGUGCCGUCACAUUGGUCCAGCAGGCUCCCCCAUAUGCCUCGCAUAAUCUGAUGCGAAACAUCCACCGGCGCCUGCUGAACUUCUGUCUCAUGCAGACAGCCAGCGCUAUUAUUGGACGUAACUGGCAAACCCACGUCUACAACCCUAAUCCAAAAUCACCAACCUCACUGCCGCGCUUCCCCAGACUAACAGAUAUGACGCCUGUGACAUGCAAGGCCCUGACAUCGAUGCGUCGGACGUCCAAGAGAAUGCAUGUUGCCCUUGCUUCGAGCUCUCUACUCGGCUACUGA